AUGAACAAAUACACACUGGAGUCGCGCGAUGAAGAAAUAUGCUUGAGAGGAGCCACUCGGCUUGAUGGAACACCAAAGCAUGAUUCAUUUCUUAAUAAGAAUGGGUUGUUAUUACGAUCAUACGCAUGGAUAGUAAGGAAUGCGGUAGGCCUCAUUGUAUUAAUCCAUGGAUUAAAUUCACACACGAGGUUUUCAUUUUUGAGGCAUAACGUUGAAAUUGUAAAUAACGAUAAAGCCAUAUUAAAAGAUGAAAACAAUUUUUACGUUUAUAAAGAUAGCUGGAUAGAACAUUUCAACGAAAAUGGAUAUUCCGUUUUUGGAAUAGAUUUACAAGGUCAUGGACUGUCCGACGGGUGGGACAAUUUAAAAGCUAACGUAAAAGAGUUUGAUGAUUUCGCCUAUGAUGUAAUGCAGUAUAUUAGGAACAUUCAGGAUAGCAUAAAUGGUUCAAAUGGUGAUGAUAUGGGUGGUAGUUUGCCAUUUCGGGAGGACCAAAUAUGUGAAAGGAAGACUCUUCCCACUUACGUAGUAGGUAUAUCUAUGGGGGGAAGUAUCGCUUUAAGGAUGCUACAAAUAUUGGGAAAGUCGCAAAAUAGGAAAAGUACAGAACUAGACAUCAGUGGGUGCAUUUCCAUCUCUCCCAUGAUAACUGUUAAAAAGCUACCAUCGAGAAAUUCGUUCCUCUUUCAGUACGUUUAUCUCCCAUUGUCCAAGUGCAUUGCUGAUUGGUUUCCAACCGUGAGACUUAUUAACAAAUAUCCAUAUAAGAAGAAUUCCUAUGUUAAAUAUAUUAUUGAGUAUGAUAAAAUUCGAUCUAAGGAGGCAAUCACGUGUAGACUUGGCUAUGAGCUUUUGAAAGCAAUUGACACCUUAGACAAUGACAUAGAACACAUGCCUAAGGAUAUCCCUGUGUUGAUUAUUCAUUCUAAGGAGGAUAUUUUAUGCUGCUAUGGCGGAUCCCUGUCGUUCUAUGAUCGACUCGAUGUAAACAAUAAGGAAAUGCACACAUUGGAGGAUAUGGAGCAUACCAUCAUUUGGGAGCCUGGAAAUGAGGAAGUUUCGAAAAAAAUCGUAGAUUGGAUUAUGGGUUUGCUAUCGUCAAAAGUGGGCAGCAUAUAUCAAAGGGGGAAGAACGCAGUCGUCGAAGAGGAGCAACACGUUUAA